UCCGUCAAUCAGAUCACUAACUGAAGAUGACGGCGCUGUUCCCCCUCGUUCUCGCGCUGCUAGCGACGGCUUCAGCGCCCUCCGAGGCCAAAUGCGUGAUGACGCAGACGUGUGUGAACCCCGACAACGAGCCAGAUUACGACGCGUGUAUCCCUGAGGCGCACAAGGAGCCCGCAGAGCCGCAGCCCAUGACAGGCGACGGCUGGCCCAGUGUCGUCGGUGGCGGCAACUGUACUUCCGCUACCGACUGCAGUGGCAAAGGCCAAUGUAUCAACGGCGCCUGCAUAUGCCGCAAAGACGGCAUGGCUUCUGGCCCGCACUGCGAGCAGUUCACCAUCCAAUGCCCCGCCUACAAAAACAACGCGUGCUGUUCUUGGCAGCAGAAUCAAGCCAUGGCCGAGAACUUCAAGUUGGUAGCGAGUGUAUUCGCCAAGAACAGCGCCGGAGGCUGCGACGCCUGCGCCGCCAACCUCAUGAGUCUAUGGUGCGGCCUGGUCUGUUCUCCCGAGCAGGACCAGUUCAUGCAAAUGGCUCACGACUGGCCGAGUAUUAACUACCGACCGGAUCCCAUGACUGGCAAGGAGAAGGUCAAGGUGUUGGAGCUGAAUGUGGCACUAGCCAAGGACAUGACCUGCGCAAUCUUUGAUUCCUGCAAGAACACGGCCAUGGCGUCCAUGGCGGCAGCGAUGAAGUCGUCUUUAGGAUUCCUGAACUAUCAGAUGCAGGUCGGAGCGGUGGGUCAUGGAGAAUAUAUCACGAUGGCAUUCAACGCAAGUAAGGACAAGUCGUUCGACCAUGAUGUCCUCAAGUGCUCAAACUACUCAGAGGUUGUUACCACCCGCGAGACGCUCCCAACUCAAGCUCAACUGCUGGAAUCUAUCGCCUCCAAGUCGACGGACGACAAGCAGUGUCCUUGUGGAGCGUGUCGAGCGACGUGCGAUACCCAUACGAGCUCAGGUAGUCACAUCCACGUCGUUGACGACCCUAUUUCAGUGUUUUCUGGCUUCGACACGAAGCUUGUGGCUGCUGCCUACGGACUACUCGUGGUUCUGGUGUUCUCCUGGACAAGAUGGCAGAGAUACUGAGUGCAAUUAUGACCUGGAACACAGUUCUACGUGUAAAUAACGAGUGAUGAAUGGCUACAUGAAUCAGCAUGUAACUUUUAGACGGAGACGACAGCUCCACGUUGUCUGGACAACUCGACUGCCACUGCGACGGCGUCUUCGCCCUGAGCUUCCUUCAAAGUCUCACGUAGUACUGAGCACUGGAUCUCUAAGCUUGCCACCAGCACGAGUAGAUCAUCAACUGUCGAGUCGUUGCUGGUAUCAGAGGCUACGGAUCUCCUGAAGGAUCCGUGAGCACUGUAAACCUCUCCAUUCCCCAGGUGAUUGACCUCUUGACCAUGAUGAGCUGCCAGUUCCUUCUCAAGUUCCACCUUUGCGAGGAACAAGCGAGCCACUUCGUUCUCCAGUUCUUUCACCGCUGCCUUGGCCUUGCGUCCGGCCUCUUUCUUCUCUAAAAACGCGCGGGCUAGCUCGUCCUCCAGCUCGCGGAUCGUGGCGUUAUAUUUUUCCUUGUCACGUCGCGACUGCACGUCGUAUCCUGCCACCAGGUCCUGCAGGAACGAGGCUUGCUGGACCUUGGCUUCUCGCUCUUUCGCUACCGACUCCAUUUCUACGACAAGAGCACGCAACUCUUUGAGUUCUUCGAGCUGAGUAGACACAAGCUCCUUAAGGCGAGGAUCCUCGCUAUUUACCUCCUGUAGUUCUUCAUUUUCUAGCUCGUCACUCGCCGGAGGACUCGCUCGUCGCGCUUGUUCGACCUCUUGGAUUCGUUGUUGGAGAACCUGUUGGUCCUUCUCGUAAGCUACACGCGCGGCGGCUUCCAGCUCUUCAACACGGCGCUCCAAGCGUGUUUUGUCCUCCUUUAGACCGUUGAUGACGCUUUUGACUUCGGAUUCUGUUGCUUCACCACAUCUUGAUAGCGCCUCUGCCAGCUGUGCUUUCAGUCUUUCAUUGUCAGUCUUGGCAAGAGUUUGGCCUUCGGUAAGCGCCUCGAGCAUCUGGUUGCAUUCAGCGAGCUGCUCGUCUUUCCGCUCACUUGCUACGCGGAGUUCUUCGAGCUGCUUGAUAAGACGAGCGUUUGCAAGCUCGGCAUCGCUUUUCUCGCGAAGAGCUUGACUUGUCGCGCCACCUUUACUCGCUGCUGCUUCGCUACGCAGUCGUCUAUUGUCUUCUCGUUCUGCAUCCAACUCGGCUUGCAACGCAGUGAGCUGCUCACUUACGUCGCUGGAAUGCGAAGACUGACCUCCUUCGAUUGAGACGCACUGUUGAUGUUCUCGUUCCAGCUGCUCGUAUGCCAUUGUAAGUCCAUUCACGCGAGUCUCCAUCUCUAGAACCGAGUCAGAUAAAGACUUGUUUUUAGCUUCCAAGACCCCUUUUUCUCGCUCGAAUUCCUUGCGCUGAGCCGCGAGUUGCUCCAUCAGUUGCUGCUCUCGCGUUUGAUCCGUGCUGGGGGCGGUAAAAGUGCUCAUUCCACGUUGUUUUAGCUCUUCUACUUGUCUUUGCAGAUCGUGAAUCUGUUUGUCCUGCAUACGGAUGAGAUCCUGAUAGGCUCCCAUUGCAUUCGGAGCCCCAGAGUCCACUGAAGAACGAGAAGAUCCGCCAUCGACUCCAGUGUAGAUCGCGAUGACUCGUUUCUGGAUUUGCUCGGCCAUUUCGCGAUAGAAUAUGGUGAACGCUCGUUCGUACAGCAUAAACAAGCCAGUAAAGCACGCGAGCUCUGGGUCUUGCUACCUCGAGCACAUGCUA